AAAAAGAAGAAGAUAGUUUUCCGAUUUAAAUGUGAAACGAGAUUAGAACGCAAAAUACGCCAAAAGAAACACAAUAUUUAAAUAUUAAACAUUAUAAAAACUCCUUUUUCAAACACUAAAACUUUUCCUCCAAAAUUGACCCCGCGUUUUCUCUCUCUUACUAAACUAUCUUCUUCUUCUUCUUCCUCCUCCUCCCCAUCGUUCUCCACCACCACCACCACCACUGACGGCGGCGCUGUCACUUUUCCUAGCUGCUGAAAUCUCAACUAUCCUCUAUGGGAAAUUGCAACGCGUGCAUCCGACCUCCUGAAAAGGAGUCCCCAAAUUCAAAACCACAAACCCCCAAACCCCGCAAAAACAACCGCGGCGAGCACGUCCCCAAUCCCUACGCCCGAUCUCCCGCCCCGAUCCGCGUGCUGAAGGACUUCAUGCCGCGCACGCGGAUCUCCGACAAGUACGUCCUCGGGCGCGAGCUCGGCCGCGGCGAGUUCGGCGUCACCUACCUCUGCACCGACCGCGAGACGCGGGAGGCGCUCGCGUGCAAGUCGAUCUCGAAGAAGAAGCUCCGCACCGCCGUCGACGUGGAGGACGUCCGCCGCGAGGUGGCGAUCAUGUCGAGCCUGCCGGAGCACGCGAACAUCGUGAAGAUGCGCGCCGCCUACGAGGACAGCGAGGCGGUGCACCUGGUGAUGGAGCUCUGCGAGGGCGGGGAGCUCUUCGACAGGAUCGUGGCGCGCGGCCACUACAGCGAGAGGGCAGCGGCCGGCGUCGCUAAGACGGUGGCCGAGGUCGUCCGGAUGUGCCACCAGCACGGCGUCAUGCAUAGGGAUUUGAAACCGGAGAACUUCCUCUUCGCCAAUAAGAAGGAGAAUUCGGCGCUCAAAGUCAUCGAUUUCGGAUUGUCGGUGUUCUUCAAGCCUGGUGAAAGGUUUUCUGAAAUUGUGGGGAGUCCGUACUAUAUGGCGCCGGAGGUACUGAAGCGAAAUUAUGGACCUGAAGUUGAUAUAUGGAGUGCUGGGGUGAUUCUGUAUAUUCUAUUGUGUGGUGUUCCUCCGUUUUGGGCCGAAAGUGAGCAAGGUGUAGCACUUGCGAUUUUGAGAGGAGUGAUUGAUUUCAAGAGGGAGCCAUGGCCACAGGUUUCUGAAAGUGCCAAAAGCCUUGUUAGGCAAAUGCUGGAGCCAGACUCCGACAAGCGUUUGACAGCCCAGCAGGUUCUUGAUCAUCCAUGGAUACAAAAUGCGAAAAAGGCUCCAAAUGUACCGUUGGGAGAUAUCGUGAGAGCACGACUCAAGCAAUUUUCUGGCAUGAACAGAUUGAAGAAGAAAGCAUUGAGGGUAAUUGCGGAGCAUCUGUCAGUUGAAGAGGUAGAAAUAAUUAGAGAUAUGUUCGCGUUGAUGGAUACCGACGAUGAUGGGAAGGUUACAUUUGAGGAACUAAAAACUGGCCUGAGGAAAGUGGGUUCACAGCUUGCAGAUCCUGAGAUAAGGCUGCUGAUGGAUGUGGCCGAUGUUGAUGGGAACGGAGUGUUGGACUAUGGAGAGUUUGUGGCUGUCACAAUCCACUUACAGAGGAUGGAGAACGACGAGCAUUUCCGCAAAGCGUUCAUGUUCUUCGACAAAGAUGGGAGCGGGUACAUAGAACUAGACGAGCUACGAGAACCUUUAGUGGAUGAAUCGGGGGAACCUGAACUUGAUGUACUCAACGACAUCAUGCGCGAAGUUGAUACUGACAAGGAUGGGCAAAUUAGCUACGACGAGUUUGUGGCAAUGAUGAAAACUGGGACGGACUGGAGAAAAGCGUCGCGACAGUAUUCAAGAGAGAGGUUCAAGAGCUUGAGCUUAAACUUGAUGAGAGACGGCUCUCUGCAGCUGAAAGAUGGUUUUACAGGUCAAACUGUUGUAGUUUAAAUUUUUGGGAUUUCUACCAUGUCCCCCCUUUGCUGGAAAGAAAACCAGCUAUUUCUCGAAAACUCGAGGCUUCUGAAAGUGAAGGAGCUUCGAGGACGACCCUCAUUGCGAUUCUGUAUUCUCGAUUUGCAAUGUUCCAUUGAUGCGAAAUGGUUUUCUUCGAUGAGCAGAGGAGUUUCAGGGAAGAUGUGAGUGAGUGAGUGGUAAUUCUUUUGUUCAUAAGAUGUGCAAAGGAUGCGUGAUAGGUAAGGAAGGAGGUGCCCAUGUUUGUGCUGUAUAUUUUUGCAAUCUCUACUCUCUCUCUCUCCCUCUGUAUAUGUGCCUACUUAGGCACCUAAAAUUGUGAUUUGAAAUGUUAAACGCUGGAAAGAUUCAUUUAUUCAAUGAUUUAUUACAAUAA